AUGCUCUUCCUCCUCCCCCUCCUCUCUCUAUGCUCAGCCGCGACAAUAACCUCAACAAUCACCACACCAGCAGCAACAUCAACCCCGCUCUCCUUCUCCUCAAACACAACCUUCGAAACCAGCAUCCUCACCGCCCACAAUUUCUACCGCAUCGAACACAACGCCAGUGCCCUAACCUGGAACUCCUCCCUCUCCCUUUACGCAGCUUCCUACGCCUCCCAUUGCGCCUUCAAACACUCCGGCGGCCCUUCCGGCGAGAACCUCGCUGCGGGAUAUAGCAACGCGACGGCGUCUGUGGAUGCGUGGGGGCUGGAGAGGGAGAGCUAUGAUUGGAAGAAGCCCGGGUUUAGUGAGGCGACGGGGCACUUUACGCAGGUUGUUUGGGCGGACAGUGUGAGUGUGGGGUGUGGGAGGGCGAGUUGUCAGGGGGAGGGUGGUAUGUUGCUUCUCUUACUGUUUCUUCCCUCUUGGUUUUUAGGCGGGGAUUGGUUGGGGGAUAUAUGUGCUAAUGAUGGGAUAGGGACCCCGGGGUGGUAUGUCGUUUGUGAGUAUUGGCCUGCGGGGAAUGUGGUGGGGGAUAAUAAUCAGUUUUUUGUGGAGAAUGUGAGGAGGCAGAUCAAGGGGCAUUUGAGCGAUACGGUGGAGAGUGGGGUUACGAGUUGGGGGAAAAGAAGCUCGAGAGUUGAGGCUGAAAUACAUUGGGGCUUCUAA